CAGGUUCAGCGGCGUUUCCUGACUCCAGGCCCUCCCGCCGGUCCGCCAAGACCCGGGCCAUGGCGCGGGUGCUGAUUGUUGGCACCGGGUUAACAGGAAGCUUGUGCGCCGCACUCCUGAGGAGGGAGGUGUCCUGUCCUUUGCAACUCUCUGUGUGGGACAAGGCUGCGGAUUCAGGGGGAAGAAUGACUACGGCCAACAGUCCUCAUAAUGCACAGUGUAUGGCCGAUUUGGGCGCUCAGUACAUCACCUGUACUCCUUAUUAUGCCAAAAUACACCAAAGUUUUUAUGAUGAACUGUUAGCUCAUGGUGUUUUGAAGUAUCUGACUUCUCCUAUCGAAGGAAUGGUGAUGAAAGAUGGAGACUCUAACUUUGUGGCACCUCAAGGAGUUUCUUCAAUUAUUAAGCAUUACUUAAAAGAAUCAGGUGCAGAAGUCUGCUUCAGACGCUGUGUAACCCAGAUCAACCUGAGAAAUGACAAAUGGGAAGUCUCCUGGGAAACAGGCUCUCCUGAGCAGUUUGAUUUUGUUGUCCUCACUAUGCCAGUUCCUGAGAUUCUGCAGCUUCAAGGUGACAUCCAGAACUUAAUUAGUGAAUGCCAAAGGCAGCAACUGGAGUCUGUGAGCUACUCCUCUCGCUACGCUCUGGGCCUCUUUUAUGAAGCUGGCUCGAAGAUUGACGUCCCCUGGGCUGGGCAGUACAUCACCAGUAAUCCCUGCAUACGCUUCAUCUCCAUUGAUAAUAAGAAGCGCAAUAUAGAGUCGCCAGACGUCGGGCCUUGCCUAGUGAUUCACACGACUGUCCCAUUUGGAGUGACAUACUUGGAACACAGCACUGAGGACGUGAAGGAGUUAAUCUUCAGGCAACUGGAAAACAUUUUGCCAGAUUUGCCUCAGCCAGUUGGUACAAAAUGCCAGAGAUGGAGAUAUUCACAGGUUACAAAUGCUGCUGCCAACUGUCCUGGCCAAAUGACUCUUCAUGUCAAACCUUUCCUUGUGUGUGGAGGGGAUGGGUUUACUCGUUCCAACUUUGACGGCUGCGUAACUUCUGCCAGAUGUGUUUUGGAAGCUUUCAAGAAUCAUAUUUAGUAUUGGUAUCCUUAUUCUCUACAUGUAAUUUGGGGAAAUGAAACAGAUACGUGAAUAUAUGAGGCUGGAAGCCAUCCCAAAGGGCUAAGAAACUCCAUGGCCAAGAUGCCCUAAAAGACCUCAGGGCUAAGGUAUCAAACUCCCCUGGGACAGAGAGGUCAACACCCUUUGGAACAGUUGCUAAGGUGUAUGUUUAUCAGCCCCAUAGGACCACACAUCAUCACAAUAUUUCCAAACGAGGACUUUUAUUAAUCAAGCCAGCCAAGGAAAGCUGCUCUGUUUUGAAAGGAGCAUAUUCAAGUGAGAAAUGGCUUGAGCAGUGGGGUGAUUUAAUACUUGUUAGCUGAUAAAUAUAGCCUUUGCUGGAAUAAAACUUUAUGAUGCAGUGUUGAAAAGCUUAAUUACUAAACUGUCUAUGCACGUCUUGCUCAGGCAGCAAGGGUGACAAAUUACAGCAGUGGAAUAGUAUUUUUCACCUUUGGCAUUUCUGAAGGGGAAAAGUAUGUCUAAAAUCACUGAGAAAGCAGUAAUAAUCUUAGACCAGAUAUUACGGAGGGAG